GCAAGAAUUUCAAGAAGAUGAUUAAAUUUUUCUAUAAAUCCUUUUGAAAAUGCAUAGCACUGAUUCACAAUUCUAAAAACAACCGCGGAAAAUCAUAGUCUCUCACCUGUGGAGAGAACGCCAUAUUGACCAUUGACUUGCCAAAUGUUUAAACAGACCAAAAGUCUACUUGACUUGAAUGCACAUUGUAGGAUAAGUCUACUGUAGAAUCAGUCUAUUAUUGUAAAUACAUUACACAUUAGAAAAUAAACAAAAAUAUCAAUCGAAAUUUAACUGUGGGAAUAAUAGUGCUAACUGUAUUGCGUUGUAUACAUGUAUACAUUGUAAUAGUUUUGUCAGUGACACGUACCUCAAUGUUAAGGAAAUUAAAAAUUUGCAUUGUUCUGAUAAAAAGAAUUUAUCAUUCGAAUUAUUUUUAUAUAAGAAACUAGUGACACUUUCCAAUAAUGAAUGAAAUUUUCUCAUUUAAAGUAACAGAUUGAAGUUUUAAUUCUACUUUUACGGGAAUUCAUCAGUUAUUAACAUAUUAUCAAUAUGGCGGUAAAGUGGAAAACGAUGUGCUUUUCAAUGUGGAUUACGAUGUCAUCCCUGUAUUGUAAGAAUUUUUUGUAGAAUUGUAAUUACAUACGUUUGAUCCUAGAAUUAAAGGAUUGUCGGAUAUCAAAGAAGCUGAUUUAAAAUGCAAAUCUAAAAUUCAAAAAGUUUAAAGAAGAAUGCAUUUUCCAAAUUAAGGUCACGGUUUGAAUCAUUAAUAAGUGUCAACCAUUUUAUAAUGUCAUAUUUUAUAACAACUGAUAUUGAUCAACUUUUUACCUGUAUUUGAAUUUAAUUUCAUACAAAGAAUGCCAAGCUUAAGAAAAAAGGUUGCUGGCUUUAUGCGGCAUUAUUUGGCAGGAGCUGUAGAAAAUAUAGGUCAAGGAGAACAAACCUUGCGUAGCCCUAGAUCAAUGACACAAGAUUUUGCAAGUGGUUGCUUUAUUACCAGAUACUUAGAUGGUCUAGAAACAAAGCAGGAAGGACCAGCAAUUGUGCAUGGUAGAAAUCCAGAAGAACUGCCAAUUAGACAGCUUGGAAGCUUCCAAGAAGAUAAAGAAGUAUUUGCUGCCCACACUGGUCCCGACAAUGGACUCAUAGCAGUUAAUGUGCAACAAAAACAUUUAAGUAUUAAUGACAUCGACAUAGAUUACAUUGAUAUGUUAGAUCAAGCGUCCACAACCACAACUCCUACAAUUGCUGGUAUUUCUGAUUGGUUUAUUCCUCACGAGACAGCGUAUGGAAUUGCUACUACGUUAUAUGAGAAAAAUCCUACAAAUGAUACAAAUAAUGGGGAACCUAUCGCAGACUGUUUUGGAAUUGUAGUAAGAUCAAACUCAGCUAUUUUAGCACUUGCGGAUGGUGUUAAUUGGGGUACCAAAGCAAGUAUUGCAGCUAGAUCUGCUGUACAUGGAAGUAUGGAAUACUUGAAUAAUGCACUCUUCUGUCCUUCGGUUAAUAAUGAAAUAACAACAACGAAAGAUGUAUUUAUAGCCUUACUUCGUUCAUUCCAUGCUGCACAUUCGUUAAUUUUACAAGAGCAAGGAAUGCUCACAACAUUAACUGUAUGCGCAGUUCUUCCACUGCCAAAUUCUGAAUCUAAUACAAAUCAGAAAAAAUAUGUGGCUUGUACCUGUAAUGUUGGAGACAGUUUAGCUUAUGUAUAUUCAAGGAAAACUGGAGUAAGAGAAAUAACCAGAGGAUCUCACGAUAUUCAUUGUAUGCGCGAUAUGCGUGAUGCUCUUGGAGCUUUAGGUCCUGUAGAUGGAUGCAAUCCUGAAUUAAAUAAUUUGACGCUUGCAAUGACAGAAGUUGAAAACGGAGAUAUCGUAUUCUUAACCAGUGACGGAAUUUCAGACAAUUUUGAUCCUGUAGUCGGAAAAUUUGCUAUCUUGCCAUGCCAUAAUAGUAUACCUGAUUCAACAGUGAAAAAUCAUGCUGAAGGAAGAUCGAAAACUCGUCGAAAAUCUGUAGAGACCUUAAGACAUACAGAAUCCGGCAAUAGUAAUAGAAAUAAAUCUAAUUUGCCUGUAGUCGAGGCUUAUCAAAGACACGAACUAACUCUACUUAGAAUGGAAGAUUUGUUACGAAGAGGUGUAUCUGGUGAAGGUCCACCAUGUAACAGUGCCAAACAUCUUUGCAAACUUCUUUUGGACUUUGCUGUGCGUAUAACUGCUGCCAAAAGACGAAUAUUGGAAGAUACCGAUUUAUAUUAUGCACAAAGUAAAGAUGGUCAAUUAGUUCAACUUUCCAAACAAGAACAAAGAACUCUGCGAAAAGAAACAUUGGACAAGGUUUCCAUGAUUCCUGGAAAAUUAGAUCAUGCAACAGUUGUAGCAUAUGUAGUUGGAUCAUUUGAUUCAGAGUAUGGUUUAUAAAUAACCGCGGUAAUAAAAGUUGCAGUUUUUAUUUGUAAGACAAGUACUAUGUUAAAAUGUUUUUAUAUAAGAUAUUUCUGAAUAUGUUGAGUAAAAGUAUUGUUUUAAGUAUUAUAGAAUUAAGUUGUUUACAUCAUUUUGUUAUUUAAAAUAAAAAAUACAUGUGCUUAUUCUUUAUAUGACAAAACUUAUUUAAUUAUAAUUGUAUAUUUAAUAUGUUAAAAGUAUAUGUGUAUAAUUUCUAUAUAAUCGAAGUAUUAUACGUGUACAUACAGAUGAACGGCAUUAUCGUUCAUUGAAAUAUACGCGGCAGCAAUAAACACUGGAAUGUA